CAAAGAUAAAUCGCCCAGAACCUCGUUUAGCUCAAACGCUAGCUCUCGACAUCAAAGUCCCUGAGCCAGCGAUUCGUCCCCACCUGAUACCAUGGCGUUCCCUAUGAUUUUGGCUCGUUAUCAUAUCACCUAACCCAUCGGCCGAGAGCUAUAAUUGCUGAAUAGGCUUCAUCGCUAUUGAUAAAACAAAGCGCACUAUUGAAUAUUCAUCUCUAUUCCUUUUGUGCUGUGCGGAAGGGCCUCUAAAAAAAUCCUCUUAAUUAGUGAGUUCAUAGUGUCGAUAGGAACCCAAGGGAGAUAUCCGUCUUUUCGCGCAUGUCCUUUUUCCAACCCGGCAUUUUGCGACGCGGCAAUUUCAGUGAUUCAUUGAUUGCUGUUUCUAUAUAGAUGCCCUCCCCUUAAGGUGUCGCUUGUUUCCUUUUUGCAGUCAAUGGCAACGGAUUCUCCAAUACUUUGACGGACAAACGCAAACAACAAAAUUUCGUGCAAGGAUGUCAAAAUCUAAUAAUAACCAACAUAUCUCUGCGCUGGAGGUUAGUGCGCAUAAGGCAGCUGAUGACUGUUGGAUCGUUGUUGAUAACCAAGUUUGGGACAUCUCGGACUUCCUCUCAGAGCACCCCGGAGGGCCCAGCAUUAUCCUCAAAUAUGCCGGACGAGAUGCAACAAAGGCAUACUCCGAGAUUCACCCACCAAAUCUUAUUAAGAACAGUCUUCCAGGUGAUAAACUGAAGGGUGUUCUAGAUCGAAACUCCGUUGACGAGGAAUGGCUCAAAGCGCCCUCCGAACAGAGCGGGAAACGCCUCCCAAGCAACGAGAAACCACCUCUAACGACAUUGAUAAACGCCCAUGAUUUCGAAGUCGUAGCUUCCCAAACUGCUCCAGCAAAGACAUGGGCUUUUUACUCGAGUGCCUCAAACGACCUCAUCACUCGUGACGCCAACAAAUCCUUCUUCGACCGCACCUGGCUCCGGCCCCGUGUCCUCCGCAAUGUGAAAGAAGCCAAUACCAAAACUAAAAUACUCGGCUGUGAUGUGAACAUGCCUCUCUUUGUCAGCCCCGCCGCCAUGGUGAAACUCAUCCACCCAGAUGGCGAACUCGCCGUUGCCCGCGCUUGCGAAACCAGAGGCAUCAUGCAGGGCAUCUCCAACAGCGCCAGCUAUCCCAUGAAAGACAUAACCGCUGCGGGCCCGCGGGCGAACUAUUUCUUCCAGCUGUACGUCAAUAAGGACCGCGCCAAGUCUGCUGCACAGCUCCGAGAAUGCUCAGAAAACCCCCGUAUACGGGCUAUAUUCAUCACAGUCGACGCAGCGUGGCCCGGCAAGCGCGAGGCGGACGAAAGAGUCCGCGCAGAUGAAAGCUUGAGUGUCCCCAUGUCGGCACAGCGGGCGCAGAACGACUCGAAGGGUGGGGGGUUGGGCCGUGUCAUGGGCGGGUUCAUUGACCCGGCCUUAACGUGGGAAGACCUAGUCUGGGCGCGCAAACACACGCAUCUCCCCCUUGUGCUUAAGGGUGUUAUGUCCGCAGAUGAUGCGAUACUGGCAAUGAAAGCUGGCCUGGACGGGAUUCUCUUGAGUAACCACGGCGGCCGCAAUCUGGACACCAGCCCGCCGGCUCUAGUCACCCUCUUGGAGUUACAUAAGCGCUGUCCUGAAAUAUUCGAUAAGAUGGAAAUCUACGUGGAUGGUGGGAUCCGUCGCGGAACGGAUAUCUUGAAAGCGGUGUGUCUCGGCGCCACGGCGGUAGGGAUGGGGAGAAGCGUGCUGUUUGCCGCAGCCUACGGCCAAGAAGGGGUGGAGCAUUUGUUUGAUAUCAUGGCAGACGAACUAGAGGGCGCGAUGAGACUCGUAGGGAUCACCUCCCUCGACCAAGCCCAUCCAGGCCUCGUCAACACCGCUGAUAUUGACCACCUUGUUCCCGAUUCGGCUUCACAUCCGUAUGCUCGAUCUGUCGCCCGCGGCCGCGGCCACAGCCGGACCAGACCGCAAUCGAAACUGUGGAAUGGAGAUGCAUUUAAAGCGAGGUUGUAGUUUUUUAUCAUUCCCUUUACCCCCCCCCCCCCAUAUCUAGAGGAUUUCAAUUGUCUGAGCUUGGGAAGUUUCAACGAUAAAAUAAUAUCGGCAGGAGAAUAUAAAAAGUCAUUUCGGUUUUUGCUGCGAACUGUUUCUUUGAAUAGUAUCAAGCAGUUUCUCGGAGAUUUACUACCCACAGUCAGACAUUUCUUUAUAUAACGAUGUUUCCGUUUAUUUUGAGAAACUAUUUUUCAUAGACCAAACUACAGAAUCGAUUUAACUAGAUCAUCAGAGA